AUGGGGACUUCACCUGCAACCAUUGACAUGAAGCUACUUAAGUUGACAUGGAGAAGGUUAGAAGGUUUGGCUGCUAGACUUGGUGGAGCCAAGAACAUAUUCUGUGAACUUUUUUCUGAUAACAAGGUUGAGAACACCUUUUGGUUGGAUAGUUCGUCAAUUGAGAAGAAUGUUCCUCGUGGGUUCAUAACGCAGCACAUUCAGGAAAUCAAGGAAAUCGUGACUCUCAGGCAUUCAAAUAGAACAUGGCCUGUGAAGCUUAGGAGCUAUCCAAGUGGGUUGAUGCUGUUCUCUUCUGGUUGGAUUGCAUUUGUGAGAGGAACUGGUUUGCGUGCAGGAAGUGUCUGUGUGUUUGAGCUAAUUGAUAGAGAUGAUAUUGUGUUCAGAGUCUACAUUUUCAGCAGGGCAGGCAGGAACAAACAGUCUAAAUGCAGAAUGAACCAUCCGGAGCCAGUAUUUUGUGAUCCUACUCCUUCGAGGCCUCUCACUACUCCUAAAUUAGCCAGCAAAUUUGAUUCGGAGCAUCCCUUCUUCAAACUGGUGAUACAUCAGAGUCAUUUUAAAAAAUUGCAUGUUCCCGGUCAAUUCGCCGAGCAACAUAUUCAAAAAAACAAGAGAAAGGGAACUCUUAGGUAUUCAGACAGAUCGUGGCCGGUGAAUCUCUCAAGAUAUACGCAGGGAACCCAAGUGCUCUUUUCUGCUGGUUGGCGUGCAUUUGCAAGAGAAUCUCAUUUGUGUGUAGGAAACGCCUGCGUGUUUGAGCUCAUUGAUAGGGAUGAUGUUGUGUUCAAAGUCUCCAUCUUCAGUUGUGGUGGUAAGGAUCAGAUUCACAUUGAUUGAGGUGUUCAUCGGACGUGUUAGUCUAGACUGUUCGAGGUGUCGAUAUGAAUUCAAGAUCCUAAUUACGCCUCCUUUAUUCAGCUGUGGCGAAUCGAUGCAAAGGAGACUCUUUUCUGUUC